AUGCUUAUCGACCUUGGCCUUGAUUUAGAGUAUGCCGAAGUUCCGGGACCUUUUAAAAUUUAUGGCCCAAGGGAGGAAAUUGUGUGGGAAAAAGUCAAGAAAAUGGACAUUCGACCAUGGAAACCGUUCAUCAUGGUUCAUUUGACUUGGCUUGGCAUCGAGGAUAAGGUGGAGGAGUACCUUAAGGCGUUGAAAUUGGAUAAAUAUGCGGCGAUGGUCGAGCCGGCAAGGGCGUUGGUGGUAAGGGAAUUUUUCACAAGCGUUAAAUCAAUCGAGAAGGAUAAAGUAUUGGUGUGUCGUUUCAACGGCAAAGAGGUAAAGAUUACCUACUCACUCAUGCACGAGAUAUUCGGAUUUCCUACCAAGGGGCCGGAUAAGGUAGUACCGGGUUUCGACUUUGAUGGAGCAUGGAAGGAGAUAUCCGGAUGCCCCACGCGGACUUUGGACAUCACAAAUGGCUUUAUCUUGGAUCAUGCGUUGGCGGCGGUCCAUAAGUUCUUGUGUUACAAUGUGUUCGGAAAAGGGGAAGGGAGCAAAGUGAGCAAAGACGAUAUUUUUCUCCUUUGGAGUGCGGUCCACAAGAAACCGGUUUGCAUCACCGGGUUUAUAUGGCGUACCUUACUCGCCGUUACCACCGGUUCACGUCCUCCACCGAAGCUCGGCCUCUUAAUCACUAAGAUCGCGGAGCAUUUCGAUCUCGUCUACGGGGAUGAGUGCGUGCAUCAAAGGGCUAUCGAUUCCAACGAGCUUAUCGCCUCUCACCUUGCCUCCGAUUUCACCACUCUUAAGCCCCAGGCGGAGCGGGAAUGCGUGCAAAAGUAUUAUGACACGCUUCGCAAGAGAAGGGCGAAUGAGCAAGCCGCCAAGGAGGCAAAGAGAGCUCGACUUGAGCAACAAGGAGUCGUUGCCGAAUCUUCCACGUAUCCCGCACUACCUCCUCCCGAGAGUACCCAACCGACCAAUGCGGAUGAUGAUGCUCCACUCCCCGACUAUACUCCGAACCCGAUGGACGGAUUUAUGGCUCAAAUGACUUCCUUGUUCAACGCCGGAUUUGCACGAAUUGAGUCUCGUUUCAAUGGCGUCGACGCGAUUAUUCACACCUUUGACGCUCGGCUCACGAGAAUGGAAGCUAAAACCCGCAUGCAAGAAGGAUCUGAAAGAGAUGCAAAUGCCUCUAGCAAGUACGGUAUUCAGUAA